UGAAGGGUCAUGCUUGAGCUCAGAACAUAUUGUGCUGAUAAAACAUGGGUUGGAAUAUGGAUCGGCUGUACAGGCAGGCAGAGUCCGUUGGCUCAUAUACUAUGGAAACUGUUUCCUGGCUUUUCUACUCCAUCUACGAAAGAUACAGCAUCUUGGCCCUGCCAGGAAAGCCAGAAACUUCAUGGGAGUGCAGUGUCACAGGGGACAGGAAAGGAAGCCACUCUUGCCUGUCAGCCAGCCCCAUGGUGGAAGAAGAAUGUGGACACAGUCCCCAGAAGAAUCCCACAAGGCAGUUGCUCCUGGACUCCGUACAAGGGCCGACAGAAGGUCUGAAGGAGAAAGAGCUCACCCUGAAGAGAUUGCAGCUCCUUCUGGUGGGAAAAACAGGAAGCGGGAAAAGUGCAACCGGAAAUAGCAUCCUUGGCAGGCAAGUUUUUGAGUCCAAAAUCAGCGCUAGACCAGUAACCAGGACCUUCCAGAAAGGGAGCAGAGACUGGAAUGGAAAGGUGUUUGAGGUGAUCGACACCCCAGACAUUUUGUCACAUCAGGACCUGCCUGAGGUAGCAGCUGAGAAGAUCUGUGGAGUCUUGGACUCUCCAGGGCUCCAUGCAGUGCUCCUGGUGAUACAGGUGGGCCGGUACACAGCAGAGGACCAGCAAGCUGCCAGGCGCCUCCAGGAGAUCUUUGGAGAAGGGAUCCUGGCUUACACCGUCCUGGUGUUCACUCGGGAGGAGGACCUAGACGGGGGAUCCUUGGAAGAAUAUAUCCAAAACAACAACAACAAGAGCCUGGAUGAUCUGGAUGUCGCAUGUGAGAGGCGACAUUGCGGCUUCAACAAUAGGGCCCAAGGGACUAAGCAGAAGGCCCAGCUGCAGGACCUCAUGGAGAAAAUCGAACUGAUCCUGUGGGAGAACGAGGGCCGCUGUUACACCACAGAACUUCCAAAUGUUCCCAGCAAAACAGUUUAGCCACAGAGCAGGCUUCUGAGGAGGAUCCCUCAAGGAGUCCUGGCUGGAAAGGCUGUCCCAGAUCCAGAUGACCUCCGAGAAAACCUGUAGGUAUCUGAUAGGGAGGGCAUCCAUGUGGGCCGACCAUAAGCAGGGGUAUCUUAGUUAGUGUUCUAUUGCUGUAAAGAGACACCAUGACCAUGGCAACUCCUAUAAAAGGAAGCAUUUAAUUAGGACUUGCUUGCAGUUUCAGAGGUUUAGUCCAUUAUCAUCAUGGCAGGAAGCAUGGUAUGCAGGCAGACAUGGUGCUGGAGAAGUAGCUAAGAGCUCUACAUCCAGAUCCUUAGGCAGCAGGAAGAGGGAGACUCUGGGUAUAGAAUGGACUUUCUGAAACCUCAAAGCCCAUCCCCAGUGACAUACUUCCUCCAACAAGGCCACACCUCCUAAUCCUUUCAAAUAGUGUCACUCUCCAGUGACCAAGUAUUCAAAUCCAUGAGCCUAUGGGGGCCAUUCUCAUUCAAACCACCACAAGGACAGUCCAUCAGCAGCUGCACCCUGUGCCCAGCCCUUGUGGCCUGCUUCCUCUGUUUCCACAGAGAGCUUUCCAGUCCCUGGGUUACACUGUCAGGUGUGGCAAUGGGUGAGGCCUCAGUUCAGGGGACCCAGCGACAGUCUGUGUCCAGCUACACAGCUUCUUUCUGACACAUGGGCCCUCCUUACACUUAGCCCGCAGCACAGUGCCCUGAUACGGGGUCUUCUAUCCCACUGAUAUCACGUGUUCAUGUUCUGUGUCUGUUCUCUAAUACAACCAAAGCUUCUUGCCGUCGUCCGGCUCUUUCUUUUGAAUCAGCCCACGGACAGCCAUGGACCAGGUGCUUGUACAUUUUCGAGCUGCACCCUUACCCGUAAAGGGGGACAGACAUUAUGACUACAAGGGGACUGCCCUGUGUAGUGGUAGAAAAUGACAAUGAGACAGAAUAGAGAGGCCCAGAGCAACAGUUAGGAUUUUCUUCCACUAUGUAAGGUAAUUUAAUAGGUUUGCAUUCUAUAACCAUUUCUGAGCACUGAUGUCCUUCUAAGCUUUUGAGAGACUUGGCUGCAAUGACCACAUGUGCACAGUGACUAAUUCUGGACCCUGUAUGUCCUUCCUGGGAUGGGGAGGAUCGUGCCUCCUCUGUCCUUUGUGAGCUCAGUACAGUUGGACUGAAUGUGUAGGAGCAGACCCCAUGCAAGUGCAAACCUGAAGAACACAGACAGCGGCAAACAGGACAUGGCAGAGGUCCCGAGGAGUCAGAAAUCUGAGGGAGCCGACCCAGAACU